AUGACAGAUUCACCAUACGACGUCAGCUACGACGGGUGCAGCACCGAGACCUCAUUCAGAGGCGGCACAUUUACAUUCAGCUGCAGUAUACGACACCGACUACGACGGAUGCAACAACGAGACCAGAGACAGAGAGUGAUUCACCAUACAACAUCAACUGUGACAGAUGCUGCAGACAGCCAUUACGUUUCAGCUUCACCAUACGGCAUCGACAGCGAUGAACGCAACACCGACACUAAAUACAAAGGCAGUCCAGCCUCAACCCCAUCCCUCAACCCAACCCUCUCCCCAGGUCCAGCCCUCAUCCCUCCUAUCCUCCCCAACCCCUCUCCCUCAGGUCCAGCCUCACCCUAUCCCCAACCCCUCUCUCCCAGGUCCAGCCUCAACCCUAUCCUCAACCCCAACCCUCUCCCCAGGUCCAGCCUCAACCCCUCCCCAUCCUCAACCCCAACCCUCUCCCCAGGUCCAGCCUCAACCUAUCCCCCCUCCCCCCUCUCCCCAGGUCCAGCCUCAGCCAACCCUCUCCUCAACCCCCCCACCCUCUCUCCCAGGUCUCAGCCCUCAACCCCAACCCUCUCCCCAGGUCCAGCCUCACCCUAUCCUCAACCCCAGCCCUCUCCCUCAGGUCCAGCCCAACCCCAUCCUCAGCCCCAACCCUCAGCCCCAACCCCAACCCUCUCCCCAGGUCCAGCCUCAACCCAACCCUCCUCAGGUCCAGCCUCCCCAACCCUCUCCCCCCAGGUCCAGCUCCUCAGCCCUAUCCUCAACCCCAGCCCUCUCCUCAGGUCCAGCCUCAACCCCAUCCUCAACCCCCAGCCCUCUCCCCAGGUCCAGCCUCAACCCCAACCCUCUCCCCAGGUCCAGCCUCAGCCCUAUCCUCAGCCCCAACCCUCUCCCCAGGUCCAGCCUCAACCCCAACCCUCUCCCCAGGUCCAGCCUCCACCCUAUCCUCAAACCCCCAGGUCCAGCCUCAGCCCCAACCCUCUCCCCAGGUCCAGCCUCAGCCCAUCCUCAGCCCCAUCUCAACCCAACUCCUCCAUAGGCCUCAACCCCAUCCUCAGCCCUCAACCCUCUCCCCAGGUCCAGCCUCCUCAACCCCAACCCUCUCCCCAGGUCCAGCCUCAACCCUAUCCUCAACCCCAGCCUCCAGCCUCAGGUCUCAGCCUCAACCCCCAGGUCCAGCCUCAACCCCAACCCUCUCCCCAGGUCCAGCCUCCUCAACCCCAACCCUCUCCCCAGGUCCAGCCUCAACCCUAUCCUCAGCCCUCAACCCUCUCCCCAGGUCCAGCCUCAACCCCAUCCUCAACCCCAACCCUCUCCCCAGGUCCAGCCUCAACCCUAUCCCCCAACCCCCUCAACCCAGCCCCUCCCCAGGUCAGCCUCAACCCAGCCUCAACCCCAACCCUCUCCCAGGUCAGGUCCAGCCUCAGCCUCAACCUCAACCCUCUCCCCAGGUCCAGCCUCAACCCUAUCCUCAACCCCCCAACCCCCCCAACCCUCUCCCCAGGUCCAGCCUCCCAGCCCUCCUCAACCCUCUCCCCAGGUCCAGCCUCAACCCCAGCCCAACCCAGCCCUCCUCAGGUCCAGCCUCAACCCUAUCCUCAACCCCAACCCUCUCCCCAGGUCCAGCCUCAACCCAUCCUCAACCCCAACCCUCUCCCCAGGUCCAGUCUCAGCCUUAUCCUCAACCCCAACCCUCUCCCCAGGUCCAGCCUCAACCCCAUCCUCAAGCCUCAACCCUCUCCCCAGGUCCAGCCUCACCCCAACCCUCUCCCCAGGUCCAGCCUCAACCCCAGCCUCAGCCUCAACCCUCUCCCAGGUCCAGCCUCAACCCUAUCCUCAACCCCAACCCUCUCCCCAGGUCCAGCCUCAACCUCAACCCUCUCCCCAGGUCAUCCUCAGCUCCAACCCUCUCCCCAGGUCCAGCCUCAACCCUAUCCUCAACCCCAACCCUCUCCCCAGGUCCAGCCUCAACCCCAUCCUCAACCUCAACCCUCUCCCCAGGUCCAGCCUCAACCUCAACCCUCUCCCCAGGUCCAGCCUCAACCCUAUCCUCAACCCCAACCCUCUCCCCAGGUCCAGCCUCAACCCCAUCCUCAACCCUCAACCCUCUCCCCAGGUCCAGCCUCAACCCUCAACCCUCUCCCCAGGUCCAGCCUCAACCCCUAUCCUCAACCCCCAACCCUCUCCCCAGGUCCAGCCUCAACCCUAUCCUCAACUCCAACCCCCUCUCCCCAGGUCCAGCCUCAACCCCAACCCUCUCCCCAGGUCCAGCCCCCAACCCUCUCCCCAGGUCCAGCCUCAACCUCAACCCUCAUCCUCAACCUCAACCCUCUCCCCAGGUCCAGCCUCAACCUCCCCUCUCCCCAGGUCCAGCCUCAACCCCAACCCUCUCCCCAGGUCCAGUCCAGCCUCAACCCUAUCCUCAACCCCAACCCUCUCCCCAGGUCCAGCCUCAACCCCAUCCUCAAUCCCAACCCUCUUCCCAGGUCCAGCCUCAACCCCAUCCUCGACCCCAACCCUCUCCCCAGGUCCAGCCUCAACCCUAUCCUCAACCCCAACCCUCUCCCCAGGUCCAGCCUCAACCCUAUUUUCAACCCUCAACCCAAUCCCUAUCCCCAAUCCCAACUCCAUCCCAUCCCAAUCAAUAUACCCCAACCCCAAGCCUCGCCCCGACUCAUCGUGACUCACCUCAACCAUUAG